CGCACCUCACAUGCCAGUGCAGUAGCAGGGGGCGAGGAAGAAAGUGCGUUGCUGAAAACCUGCUCUGCCUGGAGGCAAUUGCUUUGUAUGCACAAUCAGCUGCGCAUGAGGUUGUUUCUAAGGAGCUCUUCAGGAGCAUUUGCGCCCGCAAUUCUCAUCGGAAUCAGACCGAGCAGUUCCAAGCAUCGCUGGAUUGCAGCCGUGUGGGUGCCUUGCUUUUUAGGCAAGCCGCUGUAACUAGGAUCACAUAGUGGUGCGCCUGAGGCCUUCCUCUUGGACGACCACCCACUUCAACCCAGCAGACUCUGUAGAUUGUAAAGUGUAAGGUUCCUUUUUGGAAGAACAUGGCGGCUCCUGGACGGACCUCGCUGCGGCUCCUCAACACUGCCCUCCAUCAAAUGCAGAGAAACUCUGCAGGAAAGAAUUUGUCCCCUGCAGUGGUGGUAGGACGUGACUACCCUUGGGGUUCAGCCCAAAGUUCUAGCCAAUCGGGAAGAAACCACGAGUCACCAAGCAGCGCGUUUCACCAUGCAACCGUACUCAACUCUCCUGAUACUUCGCACCACUCAAGACACCGCCAGGACGUGACCAGAUUGACAAGCUUCGGUGUCAAUUCUCAACUUCUGAGCUCAAAACUGCGGUCAAACAUCACCAUCGGUCUUUCAACCUCAAGGCUGCCUUUUCACACCAAUCAGCAGCCGUCUUUCAUCUCCGGAGCCAGGGGCUUUGCUUCUCGAAACUACAUCAGUGGACGGGACGACCCGUCCGUUCGCUACAUGAUCCCCCCCCCUCCCAACUUUGGCAUCAGGAUCGUCCCCCAGCAGAGUGCGUUCGUCAUCGAGCGCUUCGGACGGUUCAGGAAAGUCCUGGAGCCUGGGAUCCAUCUUUUGAUCCCGGUCCUGGACAGAAUUGCUUAUGUCCAUUCCUUGAAGGAGGAAGCGAUCCCCAUUCCAAACCAGAGCGCCAUCACAAAGGACAACGUCAGCAUCUCCAUCGACGGGGUGCUCUAUGUCAAGGUGGUCGACCCUGUGAAGGCCAGUUACGGCGUCGAGAAUCCCAUCUUUGCAGUUAUCCAGCUUGCCCAGACUACCAUGCGAAGCGAACUCGGCAAGAUCACGCUUGACAAGACCUUCUCGGAGCGAGACACUCUGAACGAGAACAUAGUGCGUGUGAUUAACGAAGCCGCAACAGCCUGGGGCCUCCAGUGCAUGCGUUACGAAAUUCGGGACAUUGCUCCCCCCAUCGGCGUCAAGCAGGCGAUGGAGAUGCAGGCCGAGGCUGAGCGACGGAAACGCGCGCAGAUCCUUGAGUCCGAAGGAGAGAUGCAGGCGAACAUCAACGUUGCGGACGGGCAGAAGACGUCCGUCAUCCUGGCGUCCGAAGCCGCCAUGACGGACCAGAUCAAUCGGGCCAAGGGAGAAGCGGAGGCGAUCUUCCAGCGGGCGGAGGCCACCUCUCGCGGGCUGCAGGUCAUUUCUGACGCGAUCACUGCGCAAGGGGGGGCUGAGGCCGCGUCACUCAGAGUUGCGGAGCAGUACUUGCAUGCGUUCGGCCAGAUCGCCAAGAAGGGCAACACGAUGCUGCUCCCCGCCAACAUGUCCGACCCUGCCAGCUUUGUAGCGCAAGCGCUGGCCGUAUAUAAGCAGGUCGGAAACGGGGCCGGGUCUGCCAAUAGCGCCUCCGAUGAAACCGGGGCAUUGACAUCUGGGGGGGGAAAGGCAGGCGGCCAGUUGACGCAGCAGUGGCAACCGCCGAACAACUCAAGAAACGCGGGACGCCCGGUCCAGCCGCCCAGAAACGACGCGAACCAUGGAGUUCCCUUCAGUCUGCAACGUCAUGACAGAGAUGACGAGGCCCACAGGUUCCCAGACACGCGGUAACUUGCGGAGGUGGUCCAUAAGGAUUCAAUGUGUCUAUCAGGACCGUAAUAAGCAGCUGAGCGUGUCGAGCUGAGGGCGUCGAAAGGAAGUUUUUCAACACUGUCCGUCCGCAUACAAGUUUAGCAAUGAGGUACAUAACUUCUCCUUCUGGUGUAGAGCCCGACCACGGACAUCGCCCGUCUUAUGACUUGGUGCUUGCGCAUGAAUAUCAAAUGAUGUGCAUAUGCCCAAAGGUCUUCUUCUACGAGCUCGGUUCCUCGGAAAGGAAGAGUUGGACGGA